AUGGAAAAUACUUUAGAAUCCAAUGCUGACAAUAAUGAAACUAAUAGUGAAACAAAACAAAAUCAUCUAGAAAAUAAUCAAUUAGAACAAGGUGUAAACGAAAAAAAAAUAGAAGCAGAAGAAAAACUGAUAGAUAGAGCCCAAGAAAAUGAAGAAAAAAUGACACAAUAUGAACAACAACAGGGCAUGAAGAAUGCAAAAUACGUAGAAGAAGAACAAAAUAUAAACAGUACAGAGGAAAAAGGUGUUAUUGAUACAGAAAAUAUUUUCCAAGACACUGCUACUAAUAUUGAGUCAGAUAUUUUCCCUGUUUCUGGUAAUGAAAAUACUUUAAAUACUGAACAAGCUGAUAGUGGUAAUACGAUACAAACUGCAAAAGAAGAUGAAGAGGAAAAACAAGCUACUCCUGGAUUACCUGAGCAAGGAAGUGAGGAGACCAAACAAGAAAAACAAGGAGAAGAAGAAAAACAAGGAGAAGAGGAAAAACAAGGAGAAGAGGAAAAACAAGGAGAAGAGGAAAAACAAGGAGAAGAAGCAGAACAACAGCAGGAGCUUGGAGAGCAAAAACUUCAAGAAGAUGCUAUAGUUGAUAAUACUAAAGACUCAAAAAACCCGCCUGAACAUUCUAAUGAAACAUCCAGCGAUCCUCUUCAUAUGGAUGAUAACAAUGCUUCUGUAAUAAAUGUAGAAGCCGUUAGUCACAAUUUAGGCGACAGACCAAUAGUUUUAGAAACGAAAUUUGAUUAUAAUGCAGAGAAGAGUCAAGAGGAAAUAGGCAAAACAGAAGAAAACGGACAACAACAGCAAGAAGAAGCGAAAGAAAUGAUUAAAGAGUCAAACGAUGCUAAUACUGUCAACGACGGUGAUAAUAGUGCAGAAAAGGACUCUGCUAACGAUAAUGUAGAGCAUAGUGAUAUUGAAAUGAAAGAUGCUGUUGCUGAUAAUGAAGCUAUCAGUUAUUUAAAUGAAACAAAAGAUGCUUUAGAGCCUAACGAUAACAAGCCAAAAGACAUAAAAAAUACCGAUUAUCAAGAAAGUGGGAUGGAACAACAACAAGAAAAACGACUAGAAAAUGAUGCUAUUACCUCUUCUUUUGGGAUGAAAUCAAAUGAUAGUGUUGCUGAAUCCAACAGAAAAGAGGGGACUGAGGAAAUAACUGAUAUUAAACAAAAAGAGCGUGGUAAAGAAACGGAAGGGAAUAAAGAGACAGAAGAUGAUAAAAAAACCGAAAGCGAUAAAGAAACAGAAGAUGAUAAAAAAACCGAAAACGAUAAAGAAACAGAAGAUGAUAAAAAAACAAAAGAUGAUAAACAAAAAGAAGGCGAUAAACAAAAAGAAAGUGAAAAGGAAAAUGUAGUAAAAGAGGAAGAACAAAUAUUUGACUACACAAUUCCGCAAAUACACGACAUUGUUAUCCCAUCGUAUUCCAAAUGGUUUGAUUUGACUAAAAUACAUGAGAUUGAAAGAGAAAACUUGCCUGAAUUUUUUACAAAUAGAAUUCCAUCUAAAACGCCCCAAGUUUACAUUAAAUAUCGUAACUUCAUGGUUAAUUCAUAUAGAAUCAAUCCGGAAGAAUAUUUCACCUUUACAGCAGCCCGUAGGAACUUGUGCGGCGAUUCUGGCGCUAUUCUUCGUAUUCAUAAAUUUUUGAAUAGGUGGGGACUACUUAAUUACCAAGUUGAUGCAUCAAAAAAACCAAACAAGUUAGUAGAACCACCGUUUACAGGUGAUUUUGAAGUCAAACAUGAUUCACCAAGAGGGCUUUUCCCAUUUCAAAGCUACAAACCUGCGGUUCAAUUACCUGAUUUAAUGAGAUUAAGAAAGUUAAUGGAUAAACAAUUAUCUGAAAAAGAAUCACAAUUACCCUCCCCGCCAUCAACAAAGCUGGAACCCCUUUCACACAAUGCUAAUGAAGUACAUAGUAUUGGUAACGAUAACACUGAAAUUAACAGGAAAAAACGUAAAUUGGACCUUGGCUCGACAUUAGCUGAGAAAGAUUGGACCGAACAAGAAUUACAAUCUUUGAUAAAAUAUGUAAGUGAAUUUGCAACUUCUGACUCUAAAUCAGUUACUGGUGAUGUCUGGAUGAAAAUUGCAUCCAAGCUUGGGAACAAAACACCAGAGCAAUGCAUUUUAAAGUUUUUGCAGUUGCCAUUAGAAGACCCAUUUUUGUAUGACGGAGAUCUAGGUCCACUAAAGUUUGCUCCACAUUUACCAUUUUCUAAGGCGGACAAUCCUGUGAUGAGUACUUUAUCGUUUUUAGUUGGUUUGCUUAACGCAGAAGAUGUCAAAUCUUUAAUAGAUGCUGUUCAUGAAAGGAAAAGGGCCAAAAUCGAAAGUGAACCCGAAACUAAUGCCGAGGGAAAAAACAAAAAUGGCGGCAGUGAAGAACUAGACUUGAAAGAUGGGUUCCAUGUUGCGUUGGCUAGUUUGGGCAUGAGGGCAAAUGUUUUUUCUAAUAACGAAGAACGUGAAAUGCAUAACAUAGCCAACGAAAUCAUUAAUCUGCAAAUGACUAAGAAUGAUUUAAAAAUGAAUAAAGUGAAGCAUUUGGAAAAAGAGUUUCAAUUAAGAGAAAAUAAAUUAAUCAAAGAAAGAGAAAAGUUUAUUUUAGAAAAAUUAAGCUUCAAUAAACAUAUCCAUGAUAUUAUGAGGAAAUUGAAUGCAAAUGAUGUAGAAGGCGCCAAAGAUUGUUUGAAAGGGUUUUCUGCAUUCAUAACUACCCCAGCUACUAAAAACACUGAAGCUACAGGUAAUAUUAACCAAAACGGCGAACAUAACAUCAAUGACAAAAGUGACGAAACUACUAAUGGAGAGACUGUUAAACCGAUUUCUAUAGAAGCCCCACAAUGUUAUAGAUACUGGUCUGGUUAA